AUGGAGAAGCCGGUGAAGAAGAAGAAGAAGCAGGCCAAAAAGCCCGCGGAGGAGGAACACGCGCGGCAGGGCACUUCGAAGAAGGCGGAGGCCAAAGCAAGCCCAGGCCCUUCAGAUGCAGAAGUCCCUGCGAAGACCGGGAAGGCUCAAAAGCGAAAAGGACUGCAGUCCCAGCCUGAUUUGCCGGCCUCAAAGAAGGCCAAGAAGCAAAGCCUGAAAGAAGGACACGUGGAUGCCAAGGACUCAGCGGAGGCCUCCAAAACGAAGGCUUCUCUGAUCCAAAAGAAGAAAAAGCGCACAGGCGGAGGCGGCGACAGCGGCGCAGCCUCGCAGAAGCAGGAAGCCGCGGCAGGCGUGAACCUUACUGUCUUUGUUGACGGCGUGCCCUAUGACUGGUCCGUGGAGAAGCUUUCUGACUUCUUUCGCCAAAGGUGCGGUGAGGUGGCCGAAGUGCGGGCCCCCACCUGGCAAGACUCGGGCCGCUUGCGCGGUUAUGCUCACGUGGUGCUGGGCAGCGGGGAGAGCAAAGACAAAGCCCUCGCGCUGAAUGGGAGCAAGGUUGGCAAGCAGGGCCGCUAUCUGAAGAUCGAGCCUGCCAAGCAGCCGGGCGAAGGCAAGUCCGCUUCUGCGGGGACGGAGGACUUGGAAGGAAAGCGCCGACUCUUCGUGAAGAACUUGCCUUACAGCGCGACGGAAGACGACAUUGCAAAGCUCUUCGUAAAGUGUGGCAAGGUGGUUGAGAUCAGAAUCCCACACCAAGCCGGAAGGUCGAAGGGCUUUGCCUACGUCGAGUUCGCGAAAGCCAAGGGACUUCAAGCUGCCAUGCUUUUGGACCCUGCCCCAUCGUUGCAAGGACGUAAGCUGUGGCUCGAUGCAGAUUCGGGAAGUGGGCCAAAGGCUGGUUUCCACCAUCGCGCGGAGGCAUUUCAGUCCAAGUUUGGCCCAGCAAAGCCGUCUGGAAAGACGAAGCAGGGUCCAGCUAUGGAUCGGCAGAAGGGCGCCUCGAAGAAAUUGUCGUUAUUCUAG